UGCGCGUUUGACCGGCAAGUGAGUUCCGGUUUCGCCAUUUUUUAAGCGUGCCAUUAAAUAAAGAUGAGGCCAUUCAGAGGACGCGGGGGCAUGCGGGGAGGUAUGAGGCCGUCACCCUACAAAGGUGGACCAGGAUUCCGUCCAUUCGUGCCCCAUAUCCCAUUUGAUAUGGCUAUGUGUGAACAGGCAUUCCCCAGAGCACGACCAGCUGUUGAUGAUAAAUUCUUUACAGAUGCUUUAUUGAAACGUAACACAGAUCUCAGUCCCACUGCAGCAGAGCAGGCAGCUGUACUCAGUCUAGUGACAAAGAUUAAUAGUACAAUUGAUAAUCUUAUCCUCACACCAGGCAGCUUUGAUGCAGCAGUGAUCGAGGAAGUACGCCAGGUAGGUUCUUUCAAGAAGGGCACAAUGACAAUAGGCCAGAAUAUUGCUGAUGUGGUUGUCAUCUUAAAGACCUUACCAACUACAGAGGCUGUUGCUGCCCUCGGGAAUAAAGUCAUAGAAGAUCUUAGGACCUCUGACCCAGCUGAGAUUUUGUCUAUGUUGACCAACGAUUCAGGGUUUGAAGUGAGCUCAUCAGAAGCAACAGUGAAGGUUCUAAUCACAACUAUACCACCCAAUCUGAAAAAACUUGACCCUGAGCUACAUUUGGAACAGAAGGUAAUGCACGGACAUCUGGCUGCAAUUAGACACGCUCGCUGGUUUGAAGAGAAUGCAUUCCAUUCAAGUAUAAAGGUGCUAAUUCGCCUGCUGAGAGAUUUGAGGAACAGAUUUGAAGGCCUGGAGCCUUUAACAGCAUGGAUCCUAGAUCUCCUGGCCCAUUAUUGUAUUAUGAACACACCCAACAGACAGCCUCUCCCAAUCAAUGCUGCAUAUAGAAGGGCUAUCCAGCUGCUGGCAUCUGGCUUCUUCCUGCCUGGCUCCAUAGGAAUCACUGAUCCAUGUGAGGGUGGCAAUGUCAGGGUUCACACAGUCAUGACCUUAGAACAACAGGACCUUGUUUGCUACACAGCUCAGACCUUACUGAGAGUAUUAGCGCAUGGUGGCUUCAAACAGAUCCUAGGCAUCGAAGGCAAUGCAAGUAUAGCAACAGAGAUGUCAGUGUGGGAAGGUAUGCUUGAAUGCAGUCCUACUCAGAUUGACCAUGUGGUAAAGAUAUUGUAAUGUGUUCCUACAAUAACAAUCAAUGUACAGUAAGGAUUAACACCAGUGAAAUGACAAAAAAUGAGUGAAAUAACAAACAACUACCCUUCAUAUUUAGACUUCAUCACUGAGAAAAUGCCAAGGAUUUUUAGAUAAAAGGAAUAUUUGGGACCAAGAAGGAAAUGACUGUAACAAAAUACUUAAAUAUUAACAAGAUUAUGUCGUAUAGACAUUGAAGGGAUACAACUCUACAAUGUUAUCGAAUCAAAAUGCCAUGCAUUGCAAAAACUAACAAAUAGAUGUGCACAUAUUUCAUAUUGCAAAGAUGCAAUCUCUAUCAUUUCUCAAAGGUUUAGUGAACCACUUUUAUGAAUGUCUACUGUGUAUGAAUGAUCUUAGGUUCAUCCUAGGGGUGAGUCGUUGUAAUCACCUUUUUGUCUGGAUAUCCAUCCAUCAGUCU